AUGCUGCGACAGACUCUGGCACGUUCGGCUUGGCGGAGUGGCAGGCGGACCGCCUCCAACGCCGCCAGAGCCUUUUCCGUGACAGCUCAACGGCCCGCCGAGGUUGAGCUCACAAUUGAUGGCAAGAAGGUGUCUAUAGAAGCUGGCUCGGCUUUGAUCCAAGCAUGCGAGAAGGCCGGAUCAACAGUUCCAAGAUAUUGCUACCAUGAGAAGUUGAUGAUUGCAGGAAACUGUCUCGCACCAGGCAUGGUCGUCAAGACCAACUCACCGCUGGCACACAAGGCACGAGAGGGUGUGAUGGAAUUCUUGCUGGCCAACCAUCCCUUGGACUGUCCCAUUUGCGACCAGGGUGGCGAGUGUGACCUCCAGGACCAAUCCAUGAGAUACGGCGGAGACCGCGGCCGAUUCCAUGAGGUUGGGGGCAAGCGAGCUGUCGAAGACAAGAACAUCGGGCCACUGAUCAAGACAUCCAUGAACCGUUGCAUCCACUGCACGCGUUGUAUUCGAUUCGCGAACGAUAUAGCCGGUGCCCCUGAACUCGGAUCAGCGGGCCGUGGCAACGACAUCCAAAUCGGAACCUACCUGGAGCAGAACCUCGAUUCGGAGAUGUCCGGAAACGUUAUAGACCUUUGCCCCGUCGGUGCUUUGACAUCAAAACCCUACGCCUUCCGCGCUCGUCCAUGGGAACUCAAGAAGACAGAGACUAUCGACGUGUUGGACGGUCUUGGAUCGAACGUUCGGGUUGAUUCCCGAGGUCUCGAGGUCAUGCGUGUCGUUCCUCGGCUGAACGACGACAUCAACGAAGAGUGGAUUAACGACAAGUCACGAUUCGCCUGCGAUGGUCUGAAGACGCAACGGCUUACCCUUCCUCUCGUGCGCCGGGAGGGCAAGUUUGAGCCUGCAGACUGGGAGCAAGCACUGACCGAGAUUGCUCAGGCAUGGCAGCAGAAGGCUCCCAAGGGCAACGAGUUCAAGGUCGUUGCUGGUGAGCUGACCGACGUAGAGUCUCUGGUUGCCAUGAAGGAGCUCGCAAACAAGUUGGGCUCUGAGAAUUUGGCCCUCGACACACCUACGGGCAGCCAGCCUGUUGCUCAUGGUGUCGAUGUGCGAUCCAACUACCUCUUCAACUCAAAGAUCUGGGGCAUUGAGGAGGCCGACUCCAUCCUUAUUGUUGGUAGCAACCCAAGGCAUGAGGCCGCUGUUCUCAACGCCCGAAUCAGGAAGCAGUGGAUGCGGUCAGACCUUGAGAUCGGCGUGGUCGGCGAGACUUGGGACUCUACAUUCGAGUUUGAGCACCUUGGAACAGACCUGGACGCUCUCAAAAAGGCACUCGCGGGACCUUUUGGCAAGAAGCUUUCAGCUGCCAAGCGACCUAUGAUCGUCGUGGGCUCUGGAGUCACGGAUCACGCUGACGCCAAGGCGUUCUACGAGACCAUCGGAGCAUUUGUCGACAAGAACGCUGCCAGCUUCUUGACGGAGGAAUGGAAUGGUUACAAUGUUCUCCAGAGGGCUGCUUCUCGUGCAGGUGCCUUCGAGGUCGGAUUUGUCACACCCUCUGCUGAGGUCGCCGAGACGGCACCCAAAUUCAUCUGGCUGCUUGGAGCCGACGAGUUCAACGAAGCCGACAUCCCCAAGGACGCCUUUGUAGUGUACCAGGGUCACCACGGUGAUAAGGGCGCACAAAUUGCGGACGUCGUUCUCCCCGGUGCUGCAUACACAGAGAAGAACGCUACCUACGUCAACACGGAGGGUCGUGUACAGCUCACCAGAGCCGCAACAUCACUACCUGGCGCUGCCCGUACUGACUGGAAGAUCAUUCGGGCAGUCAGCGAGUUCCUCGGAGCUCCUCUACCAUACGAUGACGUUGCUGCCCUGCGGGACAGAAUGGUUGAGAUCAGCCCUGCUCUGGCAGCAUAUGAUAUCGUUGAGCCCGUAGCAUUGCAACAGCUGAGCAAAGUGCAACUGGUGGACCAGAACAAGGGCGCAAAGGCCUCUGGAACACCCCUUAAGCUUCCUAUUGAGAACUUCUACUUCACAGAUGUGAUUUCUCGAAGUUCACCAACAAUGGCCCGUUGCUCCGCGGCCAAGGCGACUGGAGACCCACGCACGAACUUUAUGGCACCGGGAAUGGAGGAGGAUAAGCCAAUGGGACAGGUUGCUUAUGGUGCAUGA